AUGGCUGUGGCGCGCAUCAACAGCGAAUUUCGCCGAAUCGACUUGGCCCAGGAACGCGAGACUCGUAUCAUUCCCGUUUGCAGGGCGACGAAGGACGAAUGGAGAGCGUACCUGGACAGCGAGAACCAAGCGCUGAAAUCAAAGUGCUGCGAGUGGAUCGAAGGCACGAUCUACAUCGUGGAGCCGCUGACCCAAGAGCACGAGAGGUUCACUGGAGAAGUCGAAGGCGCUUUGAGGGCCCAGCGUGGCUUCGUCGCGUACAUGGUGACCUGGGGCUCAGCAAACAUCCCGGGCCUGCCCGACCUGCACGACUAUGAACCGGACAAAGGCUAUGGUCCAGCAAACUUCUUGGGAGCUCCGUUUCCCCCUGGUGUUCAAGACUAUCUGUCCUGGUACACGCUCAUCGUCGAGGUUGGGAAAUCGCGCGGCUGGGGAGACAACGCCGGAAUGCUCGACUGGAAGGCUUCGGAGUGGUCUCUGUUUCCAGGAGUUCGGUACAUCCUGUGCGUGGCAGUCACAGACCGCUUGGCGACUGCCGAGUACAAACUCUACACGGUGGAGCGGAACAACAAUGGCGAAGCUCUGCCAUUGCCCGUGCUCAAUCCCGUGCCGGUGGUUGGACCUCAGACGUUGGUGACGUUCGACUCUCGUGAGCUGCUGGGCCUGCCUCCGGGGGCAAAUAUUCCACGCAGCCCAUAUUCACGUGCUUGCUUCCCAGACCCAACCUUCACUUUGGACCUUUUCGAGGUUCUUGAAAUCGCCCGAAGGCCGUGGGCAUGA